GGUGAGUUGAAAUCUGAUAGCUGGCAAGAUGCCCUCCAGGGCUUUAUAAGAGUACCUCACCCGCCUGCACAGGUUCAUAGACACAAAGGGAGAGUCCAUGUAAUACAUCUGGAGAUUUGACGAGCUACAACUGCAGUGCAACAGCUGAGUUCAACAUGAGGUUCAACACGUUGUUCUUCCUGCUGGUCCUGGCUUACAUGUGCCUCACAACAGCACAAGUUUCCUACGACGACUGCUGCCUCAAAUAUGUGAAAAAAAUGAGUCACGCCACCCAGAGACACGCAGUGAAGUACAGAUGGCAGGUGCCAGACGGAGGCUGCAACAUCCCGGCUGUAAUCUUCACCAUGAGGAGGGGCAGAGUGUUCUGCACCGACCCCAGAGAGAAGUGGGUCAAUGAUCUGAUGAGAAAGAUUGAUGCAAAGACCAAAAGCUCAAAGAAGCCCCAUGGCCGACGGCCGUACAGAGCGUAAGGGCAGAUGCGGCCCCUCCCUGUUAUCUCCCCACCCUCUGCCAAGUCUUAUCAGUGAACGAGAAACAUUUAUACUGUUCCUUACAGAAAGUUAUAAAAGAGCCUGCCUUUACUGGAGUUACUUUUGCUUUCACUCUUCAAAUACGAUUAAGAUUAGAAGCUUGUGCAAACGUGAACUCAACACAACACACAUAAGCUUUCUGUCGCUGGGCUGCUUCAUUACGUAUCUGAGACCGUUUUCUUGUCUUUCGUUAUUUUUAUAAUAUUCAAUAAGCUGCUUAAUUAUUUUAUAAAUGUUGUCAGAGUGUGAAUGAUAAACUAAUAUUCCUUAUGUGUUUGUGUGUUAAAUUUUCUAAACUGUUGAAUAGUUGUCUUUUCAUAUAUUUUGUGUACAGGUUUUAUAAUGCUAUAUCUUUGUUUCAACAUAAGCCAUAUUGCAAUAAACUUAAACAUCUAUCUCUAAAA